UCCUUAUUUUAAGGAAAGGGAUUUAUUGAUUUAUGUAAUAGAACAAAAAAAGUCAUUAUGUAGUAACGACCGGCUUUCAUUUUAUUCUGUAAAGGGAAUAGGUAGAUUUUUCGAAGAUUAUAUAAUAACCAUAUUAGGUGAUGAAACUACGAAAGCCAACGGGGUGUCGAUAUUAUAUUUUUUUCCGAUUUUUGCACUUAUUGCUGGUUACACGUGUAUAUCUAAUUGUGUAUCAUUCUAUUCAAAUUGAUGGAGCGAUCUAUAUUGGUUUUUUUUAUACAGUGUGCCGGUAUAUUAUUAAAGUCGUCGGUUGUAAUUAAUUCUUCAAUGUAGGGGUCGGCCUCGGCCGCAAGAAUUCUAAGUCUGUUUGAAUUUCUUUUUGGUGUUUUUCUCCCUAACUAUCUACCUAAUAUGAAUUUAUUUUAUUUGUUUUACAUUUAGCAUUGAUUCUGAUGCAAACUAAUUUCAAUUUUAAGUUUGACUGUCAAUAUAAUAGGAAAACAACAAACAAUUUUCAUUUUUCAUAAUACCUACCAAUUAACACAAAUCCUUAUCCUCGAUAUAUGUAUGUAAUUUUUAGGAGGAAAGGAUAAAAUUGUUGUAUAACUUUGACAAGAAUAAAAAAAUAAAACGCGAUAGCGAAAAGAAAGGGAGUGAGAGGAAACGAGAGAGUGAGGCAUUGUGAUUUCUGACUGAAGUCUUGUAGGUAGAUCAUAUACCUAAAAAAUUUUAUGAUGGCGUUUUUGCGUUACAUGUGCCGUCAACGCAAAGCAAGUUUUGUCUGCUGUCACAGUAAAUACACUAUUUCCAAUAAAGACCACGAUUCUACCUUAUUCGCUUCAAAUUGGAAAUCAUUACAAAUUGAACAACCUAGAAGAGUCCUAAGCAGCCAUAGUGAGAACAAUGAGAAUCUUGUAAAAUUAAAUAAAAAAUGUUUGCAAUCAAUCAUAUGCCGGGAUAUAGUUUUUCAUUCAGCUGGAAUACUACGUCGAAAUGUGCAUUUGGAUGCUCGUAAACUCUCUCAAGUUGAUCAGAAGUUCACGAAAAGGCAGGAAAAAAAACUAUCAACCCACUCUGCACCACCGCAACGUGAUCCCUUAGACGUCAGUUUUAACGAUCCCAUUGCUGCAUUUAAGAGUAAGACUACUGGCGAGCUCGUUCGAGCUUUGGUCGUGUAUAUAAUUUGUUCCAGCCAGUAUCUUGUUGAGCACAAUAUGCAGCUUAUGAAAGUGGCUCAAACGGUGCUUGGUACAAAAUUAUUUACCAAAAUGAUGCACGCAACAUUUUAUGGACAUUUUGUUGCUGGUGAAGAUGAAGUCAAAAUUGUACCCACUCUAGAAAGGCUACGAUCAUUUGGCGUGAAACCAAUUUUGGAUUACUCAGUGGAAGAAGACAUCUCCCAAGAAGAAGCAGAAAAGCGCGAAGUUGAGUCAUCUGUGUCAAGUGUUGGUGACGUCCACGAAGAAGGCGCCUUACCUCAAUAUCAUGUGGAUAAAUCAUUUGCCGAUAGGCGAUACAAAGUUAGUAGUGCUCGAACGUACUUCUAUCUCAACGAGGCAACUUGUGAACGUAACAUGGAAGUUUUUAUAAAAUGUCUUGAAGCUAUAUCGGGUGCCACAUUUGGAACUGGAAUAACCGCAAUCAAACUCACAGCACUUGGACGUCCUCAGCUACUUCUACAAGUUUCUGAAGUAAUUAUGCGCACACGUAAAUAUAUGGAAGACCUUGUCGGCGGUCAUGGAAACGUUUUAACUCAUCACAAGACGAUCAAGGAUCUAGAAAAAUACUAUUCUAGUUUGGGUGACAAUAAAAAUGUGCAAGAUUUUCUAAAAAAUGUUACCUCUGACAAAGAAGGUAUUCUCCAUUUAUUUCCUUGGUCCGGAAUAGUUGACGAAGACUCACAACUGAGUGAUACAUUCAGGGUACCUGAUCCAAAAACAGGACAAAUGCGUCGGUUGAUCUCACAGAUUCCACCCAAAGAGGAGGAAAUGUUUAGAAAUAUGAUACGCCGACUUAACACUAUUGUCAAGACUGCAUCUGAGUUAGAUGUUCGUAUAAUGAUUGAUGCCGAACAAACUUAUUUUCAACCGGCGAUUUCUCGAAUUACGUUGGAAAUGAUGAGAAAAUACAACAAAGAAAAAGCAAUUGUAUUCAACACUUAUCAGUGUUACCUGACAGAAGCGUAUAAAGAGGUUUGCACUGAUUUAGAGCAAGCUAAACGACAAAAUUUCUACUUUGGAGCAAAAUUAGUAAGAGGGGCUUAUAUUGAACAGGAAAGAGCAAGAGCAGCAGCUCUUAACUACCCUGAUCCUAUCAAUCCCAAUUACGAAGCAACCACCGACAUGUACCAUAAGGUUUUGACUGAAUGUCUGAGAAGAAUCAAGUUGCUCAAAGAUAACAACGAAGAUGCUAAGCGUAUUGGGAUCAUGGUUGCAUCGCACAAUGAAGAUACUGUCCGUUUUGCCAUCCAAAAAAUGGACGAAAUCGGUAUAGAACCAGAAGACAAAGUUAUCUGCUUUGGUCAGUUAUUGGGCAUGUGUGAUUUUAUUACCUUUCCAUUAGGUCAAGCAGGUUACUCUGCAUAUAAGUAUAUUCCAUAUGGACCCGUUCAAGAGGUAUUACCGUAUCUAUCACGUCGUGCGACUGAAAACAUUGGUGUGCUAAAGAAAAUCGAGAAGGAAAAAAAACUGUUGGUGAAAGAAAUUAGUCGAAGAAUAAUUAAAGGUCAACUAUUUUACAAACCAAAAGGCAAUUAUGUUCCAAUUUAAGUUAAUUUAAAUUAACAUCUAAAAAUUAAAAUAUAACACCUAAAUCUUUAAAAAAAACAUUCUUAUUAUAAACAAGACAGCGUAUAUAUAUUGAAUUUUAAUAGUCAAAUAAAAAAAAAAUAAUAUAAGAAAUAGCUAUGGAUGUAUUUAAAGUUAUAUAACAAUUCAAAACAAUAUCUAAUUUUCACAUUUUAUUUUAUUCUAUCUUAUUCAGUUUAUCUCUUUUUGUUUAAUUCUUUUUUAUUAUGUGUUUAUCAAAAUUAUUACUUAAACAAGUUGAAAUGAAGCAUUAUAAACAAGUUAAGAGACACUACGCGAGAGUAUUUGGUUAAUAGUAAAUUUGUGUUUAUGUUUCUUAUAUGUACAUUUUGGGCUGCAUUUUUAUUUAUUUUUUCCAAUCAUUUUAAUGUUAGUAAUAUGUUAAAAAGUAAUUAUUAUUUUUCUUAAAUAUGAUUUAUUUAAAACAAAUGAAAUGAGCGAAAUAAGAAAAAUAUUAUACAACACAAA